ACGCAUACGUGAGCCGUGACGCCAUAGUCUCGCGAGAUUAUAUAGGUAACGGGAGUUGUUUCUGUCAGACAGAGGGGAGGAGUUUGUACUUAUUGUGCGGGACGUUCCCUAGUGCGGCUCCCUGGGAGAAGCCAUGGAAGGAAACAAGAAUGCGAGUGAUAAGAAAGAAAAACUGUCAGAUCAGAUCAUGCAGAACCCCCAGGUCUUAGCUGCCCUGCAGGAACGGCUCGACAGUGUCUCUCAGACUCCAUCUAGUUACAUAGAAACGUUGCCCAAAGCAGUGAAAAGGAGAAUUAAUGCCCUGAAGCAGCUGCAGGCAAAGUGCGCUCAUAUAGAAGCCAAGUUCUACGAGGAGGUGCAUGAACUGGAGAGGAAAUACGCCGCCCUGUAUCAGCCUCUGUUUGACAAGAGAACGCGCAUUGUUACUGGGGAAGUGGAGCCUUCAGACACAGAAUGUGAGUGGCACAGUGAUGCUGAAGAAGAAGAAAAACUAUCAGCAGAUUUGAAAAAAAAAGUGACCUUAUCAGAAAAAGAAGCAUCCGAUGUGGAUAAAUGCAAGGGCAUCCCUGACUUCUGGCUGACCAUCUUUAGGAAUGUAGAUAUGAUAAGUAUUUUGUUACAGGAAUACGAUGAACCAAUAUUAAAGCACUUGCAAGAUGUUAAAGUAAAAUUCUCUGGCCCCAGUCAACACAUGUCGUUUACAUUAGAGUUUCACUUUGGGCCCAAUGAAUACUUUACUAACUCUGUGCUGACGAAGACCUACAAGAUGAAGUCAGAGCCGGACUCGGCAGACCCAUUCUCCUUUGAGGGCCCUGAGAUUGUGGAUUGUGAUGGCUGCACCAUUGACUGGAAGAAGGGAAAGAAUGUGACAGUAAAAACCAUCAAGAAGAAGCAGAAGCACAAGGGCCGCGGGACUGUUCGGACUAUAACCAAACACGUGCCAAACGAUUCUUUCUUCAACUUCUUCAGCCCAGUUAAAAUGUCCGGGGACAGCGAGGAACUGGAUGAAGAUACAGAAAGCUCUCUAGCUGCCGAUUUUGAACUCGGACACUUCUUCCGGGAAAGGGUGGUCCCCCGAGCCGUCCUGUACUUUACAGGAGAAGCUAUUGAAGAUGAAGAUAGUUUUGAAGAGGGCGAGGAAGGAGAAGAAGAGGAGAUGGAAGGUGAAGAAGAGGGAGAAGAGGAAGAUGAGGAGUCUGGCAGUAAUAAGGUGUAAUGUAUAAUUCUAGUGCUUGCCAUGCCUAGCAGUGUAGAAGGAAGCCCCCCAGCCGGCUGAGUGCAAGCAGCAGUGACGCGGGAUGUGUGGGUGCCAUGGAAACAAGGGGUAUCUUUCCUUUGCCUACAGUGCUGCUGUGGUACAUACUGUGCCCUCCCACCCCGACACUCCGCCUUAGUGCCAAGCGGGACGCCAAGCUCUGCAUUAGGAUUGGGCAGUCUCGGCUUCCUGCGCCCAUUUCUGACUGCCGCCAAAUGGAUUUGCUGAGAGUUGUAGUUUUGCAUGAUCUUGCCUGCCUAGGGUCCCCUCUCCCUGGUGCCCCAUACAGGAGCCGGGCAGGCAGGACCCCCUUGCAUGGUGUUGCUAUGGCAGCUUUGGGUGGGUAAGGCUUAACAUGUUUUGUUUUUGCUUCACUUUUAGCUUCAUUUCAAAAAAUGUAAAUGAAGAGCUGUUUAAAGGGCAAGUUAAAUGUAAGCACAGGGGGGCCCCACUCCUGCAUUCAUUUAACAUAUGCCAUUCUUUCUACCCUACAAUUUCCUCUCAGUAUGCCAGGAGGGGUGAUACACACGAGUGGGAACAGCGGCCAUUAAAGGGCAAGUAAGCGCCUGUAUUCUAGCACAAUGGAUAUUUAUUUUCCUAGAUUCUAAUGUAAACCAAUCUAUUGUACUGUCCCUGAACUACCGCCUCUUCUCUCCCUGUACUCUGAAUUGGAAGGAAGGAUAAUGAGCUCUGUAUAAACAACCCCCACCUAACCUGCAUUCUGUGUAAGGCUUUGUGCUAAGGAGCCGCACAUAAUACGGAGAGGAGUUAUAUGGGGAUGAGCAGUAGUGACACAAACUGCACAAAGUAACACAAAGAUAGAUAUUUCCUAAUCAGAACAAUAGAAGGAACAGUUAGUGCAGGGCCGGCCCCACUCAUUGUGCUCAUGGUGCAGAUAGGGCUCCCCGGGCCGGCUGUGCGGAUAGGGCUCCCCGCGCCGGCUGUGCGGAUAGGGCUCCCCGGGCCGGCUGUGCGGAUAGGGCUCCCCGGGCCGGCUGUGCGGAUAGGGCUCCCCGGGCCGGCUGUGCGGAUAGGGCUCCCCGGGCCGGCUGUGCGGAUAGGGCUCCCCGGGCCGGCUGUGCGGAUAGGGCUCCCCGGGCCGGCUGUGCGGAUAGGGCUCCCCGGGCCGGCUGUGCGGAUAGGGCUCCCCGGGCCGGCUGUGCGGAUAGGGCUCCCCGGGCCGGCUGUGCGGAUAGGGCUCCCCGGGCCGGCUGUGCGGAUAGGGCUCCCCGGGCCGGCUGUGCGGAUAGGGCUCCCCGGGCCGGCUGUGCGGAUAGGGCUCCCCGGGCCGGCUGUGCGGAUAGGGCUCCCCGGGCCGCUGGUAUGGAACCCCUAAAUCCUCAAUAUUUGUUGUGUGACACAAAUAAAAUAACAGAACAUGUUUCUGAAUCUGACCCGUAUGUGGGCAGAAUCCCUACGUUAGAGUGUGUAAUAUCCCUACUGGUUCUUUAUAACUCUUAUUUAUUUGUACAAGUGCUGAAAUUCAGGGCUAUUUAUUGUCCCCCACCCCCCCUCGCACUUAGGGUAUUAAUAAAUGGUACAUCUGC